AUGUCUCCAAAUCAGAAUCCUCAAAUAUUCGCAUAUGCCAAAUUUGAUCUUCAUGCUCUGUGCCGCCAAGCUAGCGCGCUACGACAGGGUGUCCCAUGUGCUUAUAAUCCAGAUGAACGUCCUGCCACAGGAAGUUUCAACUGGGCUAUAUUUAUUUCCUUUGAAGAUGGGGUACGAUGGGUUUUUAGAUCCCCACACUCUAGAUCGUUUAUGCCAAUGGAGAUGGGGAUGAAGAUACUGGCAAGCGAAGCUGCCACGCUGCGAUACCUCCGGCCUUAUAGCGAUAUUCCAGUUCCAGAAGUAUAUGACUAUUGUGCUUCAUCCGAUAACGACAUCGGGAUUCCGUACAUUUUCAUGAGCGAGGCAUCUGGCUGGCCUCUUUCGAAAGUUUGGAAACCAGUCGGUUCUUCCGAACCUGACCUGGAGAACAUCAAUAAAGCCAAAGUAUUAUCCCAGUUGGGCGCUAUUAUCUGGAAACUUUCACAGUUGCGGUUCGAUAAAAUUGGCUCACUCUUCGAAGAAGAUGAAUCCUUCGAAAUAAAGGAAUGUCUCUCACGUGGUCACAUUUUGCAUAGCCGAUAUGAUUUGGAGAUCCCACGUGGGCCUUUCACUUCUGAAGCAAAAUUUUCUGAUAGUCUUGUUUCUGCGUUUUCGGAGCAUGCAGAGUGUCUGCAGUUAUCACACCAUUGCUUUGUGGCACCUGUUCCCUCGCCGGAUGACUAUCAAUCCGACAUGCAAUAUAGGAGCGCUAUGGAUCUAUGGAACGACUUCGUGACUAUUGGGUGCAAGAUCGACACAUCGGACAACAGACUGGACUAUAUAAUCGCAGCUAAUGCUCUCCGUGACAUCGUACGGAAACUUGAACUUCCAGCUGUCAAUCCGGAAACUUUUCCAAUAUGCCAUGCCGAUCUGAGUGUCAAUAACAUAUAUGUUGAUGACGAUUACAACAUCACCUGUAUUAUCGACUGGGCAUUCACUUCAUCUGUUCCUGAAUCUAUGCUGCUAGUCACCCCUGGUUUGCCCCAAUACCGCGACGAACUUAGUUUGGAGUUUCAUACACCGUUUAUAGAUGGCUUUAUUGCUGCUAUGCCUACCUCGAUGGAAGAGGAAUUGAUCCACAAAUAUCGCCAAUCACUUGAGCGGGGGCAAGUCUCCUGGAAAUUGAAUCGACUCCUCAGCUUUGAUUCAAUUAGCGAUUACAAUCUCUUUGCUACUGUCUGGAAGUUUGCACAUGGUUCUGAACAGGACCUGGGGCAAUAUUUCUUACAACAACGGUGUCUACCUCACUACAACCGGCUUUAUAAUGAAUACCAACAGGAGGAUCGGCCACUUUGGAAAAUUCAAAGGGAUGAAAAAGAUUAUUUUCGAAACAAGGACAUCAGAAACACGAUAGCUAAGAAGCUGACGCUCGUGUCGGAAUGGAAAGCCCAGUAUACAGCAGCCAAUCACCUACCCAGACUUCGGAAAGAUAUGUUUGUCGCUUCUCCCAAAUUAUGGAAGUGGAUCCAACAAUUUAUGCAGGACUGGGAAGACAUGUCUUGA